CUUGACACGGUGAUAUAUAUAUAAAUCCACGUCUAGGUACAGUCAGUACAUGUGCCUAGACAAGUUUACAAUGACCUCACAAUCGCUACCAACACCUGAGUUAAAACAUACAACUCCAUUCAUUCCCCACCAGCUUCCCACAAGCAAACCCUCCUCCACAGCCAAAUGGAAUAAUACAUCCCCUUCAAACACUAGCAUGAGCCAACUCUCACCAGGCACCCAUGCCUUCAAGGCCCCCAAUGGGAUAACAUUCAAAUACAGCGUUUGCGGAACCACAACCGCCAAUUUGGACAAAACCCUCCUCAUCCAAUGUCCAGGCUGGGGCAUCGGACCCCGCUACCUCCAAUCGGGCCUCACCCCGCUAGAAAACGAGUACAAACUCAUCUUCUUCCAUCCGCGCGGGUCAGGAGGUUCCUCACGGCCCACCGACCCAGCCACAAUGACCUCCUUCGACAUGGCCGCCGACCUCGACUUGUUCCGGCAGCAUCUAAACAUCGACCGCUACCCCGUGCUGCUGGGCCACUCGCACGGCGGGACCAUCGUGCUGGCAUACGCCGCCACGUUCCCGCGACGCGUUGCGAAACUCAUCCUACUCGAUCACCGGCUGCUAGGGCAUGAUGACUCGGCAGCGUCCAGGCGCUAUCGGGAGGAGAGGGAGAGAGGGGGGGACGUGCGGUUCGCAGAUGCAUACCGGGCGCUAGCGACGGAUUACCCGACGAACGAUGAGGAGCUGGGGGCGUUCAUGACCAGAAUCAGCCCGCUCUAUUUCUUUGACCCCACAACCCACGUGCCCAGGUAUCUGGAGGCGGUCGGGGAUCAAGGGUAUUCAUUCUGGUGCCUGGAUCAGAUGCGGCUGUGUGAUCGGACCGCUGCGAUCGGCAAGAGGAUGAUUGAUGGGCUGAAGCAUGUCACGGCGGACACGCUGAUCAUAUUUGGCGGUCAAGAUUGCCAGUGCACGACAGAAAAUGCGGAGCAGACGAGGGAUCUUGGUGUAGAUCGCGCUACCGUUGUUAUAUUAGAUGAGUGCGGGCAUUUUCCUUGGCUUGAGAAGCCGGACGAAACGUUCAUCUUAAUCAGGGACUUUCUUGAUAGAUGAUUGCAGUGGAACGGAUGAAUUGUGUGGUCUGUUUGAGAGCAGAAGCGUGAGUUUGAGCAGUCCGAGCGAUGCUCAUACUAAAGAGAUCGAUAAUACCCUUUUAUAAAUGGUCGUCUUUUCUUUUAACGAUAGUCUUAGAAGGUAAUAUUGAGCCGCAAGGACGACGAGAAAAUUCAUAAAAAGUUCAGAAUUCUUGUCGUACCCGUACACACGACCUAAACUAGAAGUGCCCGAGCCCAAGAGCUCUGGACAAACAUAUCUACACUGAUCAAAGCCUAAUUAAGCCCUAAAACAGAAAAAUACCUCUCCAAACCACGUUAACAGCAAUACAUAGCUCUGUAUAUGACAUAACUUGGGUGUGCUAUUGGCCAACAAGGGCCAACUGGGGGUAAAAUGGGAACCUAAAACUCCAAAGAAAUCGUCGAGGUUAAAACAAAAAAACACGAAACCAAAGCAGCGUCGAAAAGCUUCCGGUGCCGAUGUGAGUAUUGUGGACCUUUGUCGCGAACUUGAGGCUUGUUAGGGUCUCGCUGAGAUGCUCCUGUCUUGGGCUGACCAUAACGAACAUCAACGUUUUGGAGUUGCCCCCCAGAGAAAAUUGAAGCAGAUAUGUAAGCUUCAUGGCAACAGUUAGCUUAUUACUAAAGACGAGAAGCAAACGGUCGAGCAACAUACCUUGCUAUUUCUAUAUGGAAUAUGUCCACCCUCUUUGCCUUGGCCAAGAGCCCCGAUUACAUCUCCCAGACAACUGAGGCUACGGUUGAUGCUUUGUGUUUCCUUUAACCGCUCACCCGUGGCCUUGGAAUGACUCAGUCGCUCGCUGCCAGCAAGAUCAACAAGGUUAAGUGUACCUUCACUUCUUUCCCCCGUGAGGCGGUUUUCUCCGAUCAACUUUAGGAUGAAAACGGAGUGUGAUCGAGAAGAUCGUUCGUUCGCUUUGGUUGCAGCGACUGAGCGAUUCAUGGCAGCUCGACGUAGGAUGGACUCCACGCGAGCAGGUGAAUCCAGGUCGACGGUUGUGAUGUCUGUGAUGGUGGUCUUGCAUUUCUGCAUGUCAUGACGAAUCUCGUGUUUCUUCUUGUCGAAUUCCUCCGCCUUACCCAGUAGGUCGUUCAGGUUUUCAUUGUAAACCUCGACGAAAUUUCCCUGCAUGGUAUAUUGCCAUCCCUUUUCUUCGAGCGCACUGGCAGUGUCAUAUAUUUGGUGAACGGCGCGAGGGAUCAUACCGUCAUCAGAGGACAUCGUACAUCGGUGUUUUGAGAUGAUGGGCCAAACACAUGGUCGAAGGAGUAAGCAUAGUUUUUGGUUGUGAUGUUCCCUAGGCUACUCUUCUCCUCUGGGCCAAGGACCGAAAUUUCCUUGGAGUCAGCUUCCGAAUCAGGGAAUUCGAUUCUCGCGGAAUCCUCGACGGGCUCAUUAUCAAGCAUGGGACGAACGCGACAGAAAACGCGAAUAUUUCCCUUCAGUUCCUGUAUUUGAUUAUGGAGCUUCCGUCGCAAUGUCUCUUCUUUGCGCAGUUUGUCUUUUGUAGCUUGAGUUUCUGCUAGUGCAUCCCGGAGUUCCUGAUCCAGACGGCCAAAUGCAUCAGACUGUUCUUUAUUGCCGGACUCGAGGAACUCAAUCCUAGCCUUCAGAGCACUAAUGGAAGACUCUAAAGUCAUGAUGUUACUGCUAUGCUGCACCAAGUUUUGCUGGAGCUCCUUGUUAAGUGCGCGUUCACGAUUCAAGUCACUGGUCAAGCUAUCCACCUUCGCUGUUACGUCCCGUAGCUCUCGAUCCUUGUUCUCGACUUCGAUUUGGGUACGUUGUAUAUCCAUGGAAGUCUGCGCGUUCAUUUGGUUUAGCUCUUGUCGUAGUUUGCUCCUUUCAUUCUCGACUUCAUUGUCAAACCGGCGACGUAAUUCCCUCAGUUCUUCCUUAUGUCUAGCUACAAGCUCUUCAAUUUGGUUCCUAGCCUCUUGACGUGAAGUUUCUAAAUCGAUGCGGUGCUGUCUGUCCAAAUCGUCAAUUGCAAUCUCAUGGUCGCGCGAAGCAUCUUUAAGACUUUUUUCAACCGACAACAGGCGAGAUUUUGUAGUGUCAAGCUCAACACGGAGUGUAAUGUUAUGUUCUGAAAGCUGUGAGUUUUUCUCCUCUACCUCCUGGACUACAGAGGUCAAAUUGUUACAUCAGUAAAAUUUCGAGUUACGAUUCACAGAGCCAUUAGAGUCAUAAUUUUCAUACAUACGUCGAGAUUUGUACAGUUCUAUUGCCUCCUUGAGGCCGGCACUCUGGUUCGUUGUACC